CUACAACUGCCACUCGUCGCUGCGGCCACUAGAGUACCACUAUUGAUUGCCGACGUUGACUAAUGGUGGGGCCAAGAUGUAAAGCAGACCGAGAGCGGUUCCCGCCAAACAAUGUGGUGUUGAUGCUAGCCGGCGCAGGGCUGCUAUGGAUGGGGUGGGCCGGGUUCAACGGCGGAGACCCAUACGCCGCCAACAUCGACUCCUCCCUAGCGGUGCUCAACACCAACAUCUGUGCCGCCACCAGCUUGCUAGUUUGGACAUGGCUUGAUGUCAUUUUUUUCCAUAAGCCAUCUGUCAUUGGAGCUGUUCAGGGAAUGAUCACUGGCCUCGUCUGCAUCACUCCCGGUGCAGGUAUGUAUGCACAUAUAUACUCCCUCCGUCCCAAAAAGAAUGGGACGGUUUGACUUUUUGGAAAAUUAAGGGAGAGAUAUUUUGGUAUUGACUUUCCAAAAAUACCCUUAAUGUGAUGGGUAAAAAUAGUGUUAGGAAUAAACACACAACACACACAAAUAAUCUGCAAGAAACGAGAUAAACGGAA